CCGCAGCCGCAGCCAGGCCGUAACCCAACUCCCUCGCGUCUGAUCCCCCGCCUCUCCGGGUGCCGAGGCUGGUGGGGAGACGGCAGGCGAGGACGGGACUCUGGGAGCAGCGGGUCUGGGGGUGGCUGAGCCGAUAUCGGUGGGAGAGAGACCCUUGAGCACGGCCGUCCCCCAUCUGGAUGCCACAGGGUUGAGGCUGGAGCCGUCAUGAAGAGCCUGAAGGCCAAGUUCAAGAAAGCAGACAGCCAGGACUGGACCAAGAAUGAUGAGAAGCUCCUGCAAGCUGUGGAUUACAAUGAUGCCGGGAGGGUAACAUCUCUCCUCGUCCGCAAGGGCCUGGUCCCCACCAAGCUGGACUCAGAAGGCAAAUCCGCGUUCCACCUGGCCGCCAUGCGGGGGAAUGUGGACUGCCUUGAAGCCAUGCUGGCUCACGGUGUGGAUGCCAUGACCAAGGAUAGCUCAGGUUACACUGCCCUGCAUCUGGCAUCCAAGCAUGGCCACCCGCAGUGCGUCAGCAAGCUGUUGCAGGCCUCCUGCCCUGUGGACGUGGCUGACGGCAGCGGCCGAACAGCGCUGCACCAUGCAGCGGUCAGUGGCUGCAUCUCGUGCUCGGAGAUCCUCUGUGAUUUCAAGGCUCCCUUGAACAUCAAGGACAAGGAUGGCUCCACGCCGCUGAUCCUUGCUGCCAAGAUGAGCCACUCAGAGCUGUGCCGGUACCUGCUGCACCGCGGCGCAGCUGUCAACAGCCGGGACUUGCAGGGGAGGACAGCCUUGAUGCUGGCCUGCGAGAAUGGCAGCGUGGAGACAGUGGAGGUGCUCAUCAACGCUGGUGCCCGGGUGGCUGUGGUGGACUCCACAGGUCACGAUGCCACGCACUACAGCCUGGCCACAGGCAAUGCUCUUAUCCAGCACUUCCUGCAAGAAGCUGCUCCACGGCAGUCCUGGGCCAGCGAAGAGGAAUCAACCGAGCAGACGUCCCAGACGUCUUCGCCCAGCCAGUUAUCCGUCAGGGAGAAGAGCAGCACCCCAAGGAAGAGGAAAGCCCCUCUGCCUCCCCUGGGCACCCCCAGCCAGGAGGACCGGGAUGCCUACGAGGAGAUUGUGCGGCUGCGGCAGGAGCGGGCCCAGUUCUUGCAAAAGAUCCGGGGCUUGGAGCAGCAGGAGAAGCAGAGACGGGAGCGGGCAGAGCUGGACGAGGGCUCCUUGCGCUCCAUGGAGAAGCAGAUCCAGGAGCUAGAGGAGCGGCUGGCGGCGCGGGAUGGUGAGAAGGAGCAGCUGGGCAAGGAGGUGGAGGCUCUGCGGAGCCGCUUGUCCUCACUGGAGAAUGAGAAGGAGAACACGAGCUAUGACAUCGAGACACUGCAGGAUGAGGAGGGAGACCCGCUUGAGUUCCCAGGGGCAGAGCUGCUGCUCUCCAAGAAGACACUGAGCCCCUCGGCCGAGGAGCUGCUGGCCACGCUGCAGGGGCAGGUGCAGUCCCUCACCGUGCAGAACAAGGAGCUGAGGGAGAAAAUACAGCACGAGGCGGCGCAGGCGGGACUGCGGGCCGAGGCGGCGGCGCUGGCCCAGCGGCUGGACGAGCUCUCGCGGCGGCACGAGAAGACGUGCGAGGAGGUGUUUCGGGUGCAGCGGCAGGCCCUCUUCAUGAAGAGCGAGCGGCAGGCGGCAGAGGAGCGCCUGGCCGCCGCGCAGAAGCAGCUGGCAGAGGCGCAGGAUGAAGCGCGGCGGAUGCAGGAGCUCCACGGCCACGCUGAGGACUCGGCACGGCUGGUCAGGGACAGGGACAGGAAGAUCACUGAGCUCUCUAAGGAGGUCUUCAGGCUGAAGGAAGCCCUGAACGCCCUCCCCGAGUCCCGGGGACCAUCACAGUCACCCCCCAACACUGCUGCGCUCCAGGCCAGGAUCCGUGCGCUGGAGGAGAAGCUGGCGGUGGGAGACAGAAAUGCAGCACAGCAAGGUGGUGACGCUGUACCGGAGCCACCUGCUCUAUGCGGUGCAGGGCCACAUGGAUGAGGACGUGCAGAGACUCCUGUGCCAGAUCCUGAAGAUGCAGCGGCUGCAG